AUGACACUCAUCGGUUUGUUGACCACUCAGUCGCAACUCUUCGAGGACGAUCUCACUUGGACGGUUGGUGACUCUGGAUUGCAAAGCACCAUUGAGCCUGGGGGCUAUGAGAGAACGGUGACACGGUCGUUCUACAUGGGGACAUCGAAGUCGGUUGAUUUGGCUUCCUCCAAUCUGUCUUUCAAAGGGUGUGCAGUCUUCAUCGUCUCUCCAGAAACCGGCGCAUAUCAGGUUCGUGACAGGGGCGCUCCACAGCAUGCUAGCAGUGCAUCUUGUGUUGGGUCAAUGGGCGAAGACUGCGUCAAUGACUUGAAUGCCAAAGUCAUAGAUUUGGCUCGAUAUAAUGCAGAUGCAGAUGUGUCUGAUUUUUGCAAAAACAUCGCGGUCGACCUCCAGGACAACCCACCCUCAAGCUGCUACAUUCUCAGUCAACAACCCCGUAUUGAAGCAGUUGCAUUGACAGGGCCUGAUGCUCAGCAAGCCAUCACCUCGAGUGAGAACAGCACAUCAAAUUGCUGGCCCACACUGCCCAAGACGAACGAUCUGACCAAGAUAUUCGAAUACGAUCAGGUUGCUCAGCUCGACGACACGAGGCCCUGGUUAGGCUACACACCUCUCAUCAGUGUGUUCGCACCUGUUGGCAACGACACGGACAUGGAGGUGGAAGUAAAUCUGGCAUGCAUGAAGAUAGUGGACUCCGAUGACUUCAGCUCAGGAACAGCCAGGAAUGGCAGUGAAACAGAGGAUAUGAAAGGUGGUACUGCCAGGCUCACAGGGGAUUGGAUGGUUGUUGUCUUGUUCGUCAGUGCUUGGUUAGUCGCAUGGAUUUGA